AUUUUUCAUUUUUUCAAUACAUACUACCGCUCUAAAUCUUUCAGUAGCAAGUCACUCCUAAAUCUCUCAAAUUCUCGAUUUUUUCCCAUAAUUUAUUUUUUCCAUACAAAAUUUGACAAUAAAAUUGACCAAUUCGACAAUAAAAUUGACAAUAAAAUUGGUUAAUUUGAUAAUAAAAUUGCCAAUACAAUUGACUAAUUUGCCAAUAAAAUUGAUUAUUUGAUGAUGAAAUUUUAUGUUGUGUUUGAAGAUGAGUUUGGAUUUAGUUUUUUGAUAGGAUAAGCCCGAAUCUCAAGUGAGAAUGUCUAGUUAUAAGGAGCAGAUUUUACGUAGUCCCGGCCCUUUCGACUACUGCAAAUGCAGAUGCAAUGUGCCCUAUUACAUCCCUUACAAUUGCUUUCUAGAUCAAUCACAUUCACAUACACAUUCACAUUCUCACACUCAAUCUCAUUCACAUUCUCACACUCAAUCUCAUUCCCAUUCUCAUGGUCACACACAAUCUGAUACAAGUGAUGAAUUGAUAAAUAAGUUUAAAAAUCUAAAAACUCGUAACGACACGAGAAAUGAACUGAGAAGUGAACUUAGAAGUGAACUUAGAAAUGAUGUGAGAAAUGAACUGAGAAAUGAUGUGAAAAGUGAUGUGAGAAAUGAAACGCGUAAUGAAUUGGGAGAUGUGUUUGAGGAUUCUCCGUUAUUGAGUGAUGAGACGGAUUUGACGUAUUGUAAUUUGGACAAUGGUCUGGAGUGUACGGAUUUUCUGGAGGGAAUCCAUUGCAUUAACUGCGAUAAACCCUUUUUAAUGUACACAAACCUCGAUUUUAAACUCUUUGAUAACUGGAUUAACUACGUCUUUUUUCACAACUCCAUCAACCAACUCUCUCUCAACACCCCCAAUGAUCCCGAUUCCCGACAUCUAAAUGACACAGAUUACAAAUUGAAUGACACGGAUUACAAAUUGAAUGAAGCGGAUUACAAAUUGAAUGAAGUGUCCCACCUGAAUAAUGGAGGAUAUGACAGAUUAAACGGUGACACGUGUUAUAAUAAGUUGAGUGAUACGGUGGAGUAUGAGUUAGUGGACGACAUAAUAAGUAUCGGUGACAUAAUGAGUUCGAUAUUAAUGUCAAGUGAGGAGACAAUGUUCGGUAUAAUAAAUAACAUAUCCCCUGGGGAACAUUGCACAAAUGAGAAGAAUCAGUUAUUUGACAGCGUAAAGCGGUUUUUACAGUACUGUCUCGGUGAAGACACUAUAGUUCACUUAACAGGUUCCACGGCCUACGAUAUUGAUAUUGACUACUCUGAAGGUACGUCAGCCGCUGCUUAUUCAGAUCUUGACAUUGUGUUACUGAGUAACUCAUUUGGCGGAGAUCCGAGGAUAAUAUUACAGAAAGUGUACAGCGAGUUAACGAACAUGCAACAUGUGUUAAAAGAGAGAAAUAAGUGCCCAAUUUGGGUCCUGGCAGACUCUAACAUAAAGCUUGUAGAAUCAGCCAAGGUGCCAAUAAUAAUAAUCGAGACUAAAAACGGAUUACUGUGCGACAUCUCAGUUAACACUUUGUAUCCCCUGUUACACACUGAGCUGUUUAAGAGUUACAUCGACGAACAUCCCAUGGUGAGGCCCCUGAUGAGGAUUAUUAAGCAUUGGUUAAUUGUACGUGGAAUUCCAAACAUGAAGGAGGGUGGGUUCCCGUCCAUUCUCUGGAUGUCACUCUUCAGCAACUCACUCGACGCCACUACUCUUAAUACCGCCACCAGUAAUUUAGAAUACUCCUAUCCAUUCAUUCAUAGUACAGACGCUAUUUCUACCGAGUUAUUAGGUGACACGGUGAAUUCUGGUGACGGUGCCAACUUGGGCAAUUCAGUUACUGCCGACUUAGUGAAUGAUGUGAAUGGCACAACGGCAUUGACAAAUACGACUUCACUAGUUGAAACACCAUCCACACACUCGCCCAAUUCCUCAACCACAUUCUCACACACAAACACUGCAGACUCUAACCCAGCCGAACCAAACAACGCUGUAGACUCAAAUAACCAUUUUCACACAGCCAACUCAGAUACACAUACUUUAGAUAAUACUGCCACUGUUAACACUGUUGACACUGUUAACACAGUUGACAGUGGUGCCACAGUUGCCAGUGCUAUAACGGAUGUGGACCACAAUACAACGGCGUAUGAUGAGGAGAGUAAUAACGAGAAUGAGAGUAUGUAUGAGGGUUCGGAGGGCUCUGAGGUGUACGAGGAGUUCAAUUUUAACGAGACGUACAGAGAAAUGUACAUGUCAGAGUAUAACAGAGGCUGUUCAAUAGGCCAGUUGUGGGACCGUUUACAGGGCGGAAGAGGCGAGUACGGAAUCCUAUGCUCGUUGGAAAAGUGUUUCUACAAUUUGUCAAAGGGCCUAAGUCUGAUGGACAUAGUGAACAGAUUUACACAUAUUAAAAACGGCAGUGACUACGGCGGCAUGUCAACUUUCUGUAAAAAUGUCAUAAGGCUCAUUGAAAUGGAGCCUAACGUACCCUACGGCACGUGGUUAGUUUACUUUUAUGAACUUAACAGAGCUAAAGAAUAUAUGAACUUAUACGCCAAACGUCUUGAAAUUUUGGUUACUCUGCUCUCUUUCCUCAGAUUACUCACGAAUCCCAUGACACACAGUGACCCAGAGGGUCACACCAUUGAUCGUAGUGGUAACACCGUUAGCAAUAAUAGCUCAGCUGAUUGUAACAGUGUGAGUAUGUCGGAUUUGGAGGAUUUGGCGUCGAAUAUUUGUCAUUCGUUUGGCUAUGAUUUAUCGUAUUUAUGGGACUCCACGAGACAGGAUCCACACGCUAAAGAAGAAUUUAACCCCUUGUAUCUGAAUAAUAAAUACGCCUUUGGCUACUCACUGUCAAAUGACAAUCUUAACAUUGAGACUAUUUCCACAGAUAUCUCCACUGACACCGUAGCAUCCGAACAUACCGCCAAACCUAAUCUCACCAGUAAACAGAAUCUCAAACAUCCAGAUAACGAUAAACUAGCUGAUAAACUGAAUACUGUUGACAAACUGAAUACUACGUGUGAUAAUAUGGAUAAAUGUGGUAUGUCGGUGAUGAGGAUAAUAGAGGACUUUGUGGUGCGAGUGUCGAGUAUGUUGCGAAUACAGUUGAAGAGUGCGGAUUUGAUACGUAAUAUAAAGUUGUUAACGUAUCACAUGUUCCAGCAGUUUAAGAUAAUUCCAAACGAGAUAUUUGAAAAGGCACAUGACAAUUUGUAUACAAUUCCCGUGUCAAUAGACCCGCCAACGCCGAUAGAAGAUGAUGUGACGGAUUACUUUGGAGCUCAAAAGGGGAGUGGAUUUGAAAGUUGCCUAUGGAACGACAGUGGCUGGUACAUAGUCGUGUUACAGGACAGCUUGUGCAUAGUGAAGGUGAUUAAAAUCUGCAUAGAGUGGGACUUCUGGUGGUCUAAGGAGUUUGUGAGUCGAAGAGACUCACGCUCAAUUUUCCACGGAUUUGUGUACCGACAGCUGAGAUUAGAUGACAUGAAAAAGUCACAGCCGCAGUUACAAUCACUGCACUCAGCUUCACGUGCUCAGUUUAACAGUAACAGUGUGAACUCCCCGUCAAUCCUGAUUAAGCGUGGGACUCUGGUGCUCUUUAACCCCUGUGACAUUGUGAGCAAGUUACACGUGCUCAAAGUCGUUAAACAUGAACAGUACAUCAGUCCCUCACUGUAUAGUACUGACUUUUACACUGGCGUAAAGUGCAUUUACGUGUUACCCGGGUUCGAGGUUGACCGUUUCAUGUGUUUUGACCAAAUCGCACAUAAACUGAAACACUACGUCGAAUUCAGACCGCAAGUCAGCUUCUGCAAGCUCUGCGGAAUUGUAAACAUGAAGAAAAUUAACCCGUACACAGAGUACAAAAUACCUCAGAGGAAGCUCAGAAAUGCCAAGUACGUACUCUGCAACCAAAAAUACAACCACAUCUACAACCUCAUGCAAUUCAGCCAUAGCCUCAAAUAAUCUUAUCAACAA